UACCGCGCGUCAUGCCGCCUUCCGCUUCUCCCCGAAUCAGACGCCUCUGACCUCCUGACGGACAGCUGCUGCUGGCCAAUCCGGGUGAGCGGGAGGCGCCGCGGCAUCCAAUGAGGCGGGGAGACGGGCUCGCGAGAGCGGACGAUAGUAAGCGCGUGCGAGCGGUCGGGGUCACGAGCGGGGGCUGCGAGUCGCGAGCGUGGUCGGUGGCUCCGUGUUCGCGUGUUUGUCGGUGAGAAGAGAGCGUGAGGAGACCGGACACCCAGCGGGAGGAAGAGGAGGAGCUCAGCCGUGCACCGGGCUCUCCGCACAGGCCGCGGCCUACACUCUAGAUACCGCCAUGAUGAACGGCUCCAACCUCGGGAACUCCACGUCCAACAACAAAUCAAAGGACGAGCAGGUGGUAAACGGCCACGAUGAGAAUGAAAACAAUCCCUUCGCCGAAUACAUGUGGAUGGAAAAUGAAGAGGAUUUCAACAGACAGGUGGAGGAGGAGUUACAAGAACAGGAUUUCCUCGACCGCUGUUUCCAGGAGAUGUUGGACGAGGAAGACCAAGACUGGUUCAUCCCUUCCCGGGAUUUGCCGCAGGGUGUUGGGCAGUUGCAGCAACAGUUAAAUGGCCUGUCAGUCACUGAAAAUCACUGUACAGAGGACAUCUUGAGCAAAAGCAACCUGAAUCCUGACGCCAAGGAGUUUGUUCCAGGAGUGAAGUAUUGAACAUUACAGGCAACUUUUAAAAACAAAACAAAAAAAAGACUGUUUCCUUAAAUCUUCAGGACAAAGCUGCACAACGGAGAUGUGGGGGGAGGGGGGUGUUGGGGGAGGCGGUGACUAGUGACUCGAGUUCGUUAUAUGUGGGAUGGUUGUUCUUCAGGCCUCUCGCGGUUCCCUCCCUUUUACAGCAUAUAUUUUGGUGGUAUGCUUGUUGGACUUUGACAGGUUUUUUUUUUUCCUUUAAAAGGUGGGUGCAAUUUUCAUCAAGACCACGCGCUGUUUUGUUAAAUCUGAACAAUGUGGAAGAUUCCUAGAUUAAAUCAUAGUGCUUUUAUUUUAUUUAACUUUUCCCCCCAAAUCCUGACCAUCGCCCGAUCCAUUCCUCCGCCUAUCAUGUGAGACGGAGCAGCUGUCGUGCGAAGGUGGCUUCCUGGAUUUCCGACGUGAUUGAUAAGAGGGAAAUCUCGCUAUGUUCAUUUCAGUGCCAUUCACAGGUCAAAUAUUCAACAUACAGGUGCAAGGGUUUUUAGUCCUUUCUUUUCGGACUUGUUUUCUAGAUCUGCUUUCAGCUUCGCUCAGGAGUACAAGUCCACAAUGAUGGGCAACGCAAUGUCCUCAAUAUGUGUCCAUGCGCAUUCUUGUUUCCAUGUUCUGGUACAUAUCCAUCCUUCAUGCUUCAGCAGCGUGUACCUCGGACAGCAGACAUUGCUGAAACACAGGCACCCAGUCCGUCUACCCUUCGUAAUUAUGCUGCAGUUGAGUACUCGGCCUUUUGCUUCUCAUGAGUGUGAUUUUAGUAUGAAAUGAAAAAACACUAAAGCUACACGUCUUGGCUGAUGCUAAAUUAUUCAGGGGCUCUGUUGUAUUGCCCUCCCCAACCACCCAUGGCUGUGCCAUGUUCAAAUCAGGUCAUAUUCUGAAACCGUCAGCGGUUUCCAGUAUUGCCGGUAGUCCAUCACUUCUGGCUUGUCCACCCUAAGUGCACCAUAGACUGAGCUUUCCUUUGAGCCAGGCUCCACACUACAUUAUAACCUAAACAUCUGGUUUCCGGUCCUAAACUGGGAUCCACGUAGCCUUUUAUUGCACAGGCUAUCCCAUCCGCAGUGAUUGUAAUGUACAGAGCCUGUAAAGAGACACAUGAAUAAGCUAUCUUUUAAAAAUGCCUCUGCAGUCGUAUUGUUUUUAUUAUGUGACAUGGAAAGCCACAGACAAAAAAAAAAGACAAAAACAAACAAUAAAGCAGCCUGAUCAUUGUA